CCCAAAACCUCCAUUCCAAAAACCCUCCAUCUUGCCAUGAUGAGAGUGAAAUUGCCCCAAAGACUACAUCUUCAACCGGUCUCUUGCUAUUCGACUUCAUCAUUCUCAUCUUUAGCUGAACAAAUUUGUCAGAAACCAACACAAUCCCUAACCCAACAUGAACUGAACAAAAUCAACCUCCUACUUCCACGCCUAUGCCUCGCCAACAACAAUAACCAUCUACACACAGCGACCAACCUCACCGUCGCAGCCCUCCUCACAAACCCACCUUCCAAUUCCAUAUCUUUCUCCUUUCUCAUCCACUCUCUCACUUCCCUCCCUGAUCUCACGCUAUCAAAGUCCCUAUUGAAUCGUCUCAAGCACUCCCCACCUACUCACCCACAUCUUACACCCAUCACCACCAAGCUCAUUGCUUCGUUUCUCAAGAAGGGUCGGCCCAUGGAGGCCUUGAAGGUCUAUAACUGGAUGAUUAGGUCAGGCUUUCCAUGUAAAGUGGAGCCAGUAGUGUUUGGGGUUUUGGUAAAUGGGUUUUGUGAGAAGGAGCUGCUUCUUGAGGCUUUGAAGGUCUUGAAGGACAUGACGGAAUUAGGUUUUGCGCCGAACCCUAAAUUGAGGGAGAGGGUUUUCAGGAGUUUGUUGAGGGAGGCGAGGAUUAGGGAGGCACAGCAGUUGAAUGAGGGUUUGCGUGAUUGUGUUGAAGAUGGUGGUGGUGAGGGUUUGAAGAAAGUGAUUGUAUUGUUGGACCAGAUCAUUGCUAAUUGGACAGAAUAAAACAGGUUUAGUGAUGAAAUGAGAGGUGUAAUCAUUCUUGUGAACGCUUUGUUUCUGACCAACACGGCAGCAUGCUCCUCAGGAUGAAGCGUGGAUACGUCGAUUGUAGAAAGAUUAGAGAAAAACUUCCGGCUGCUUGAAAUUAAUUUGUACUUCCUAGAAUCUAUGAUAGAGAGAAAUGUACCAGUUUCACGGAAAAAUCUUGGUACGCUAUCCCAUCCCAGUCCUAAUCCCAUUGCCAAACUUUCCUCAUGAGGAUGUUUCUUAGUUGGUAGCUUUUGUAGUCCAAGUCUUUCUCUGCGUCUUGGGGCAAGCAACCCAUCCAAGUAUAUGCUUCUGCUUCAAGCAAACCAUUCAAGGACGUAGUUAUUUGACAGCCAAGUUUUUUGUCCCUUGGAUGUAAGUUCUGGAUUAAAUUUUAGCUUAUAAAGUUUUUAUUGAGUCACAG